GUAAGGUAGUUUUUGUCUACAAGAUGAUUGGAGAGCGAAAGCUUGUUCUAUAUUCUGUAUCGGAUUGUGAUGAUAGCAGACAGGCUAAAUUAGCUUUGGAUAAAUGCACUGCUGAUUCACGAUAGAGCGAACCGGCACCAGUUGGAAUGUUAUUGCGCCUAUAAAUGAAUUUGCUGUUACAGUUACAACAGAAUAUAUGGCUGCUCCGUUUAUUACGAUGGAGUCCCGCUGCCAUAUAUAGGCUACCUAAACUGAAGGAAAUCAUAGGAUGGUGUCGUGGUAGGAGUGUCGUGGUUUGUUUUUCUAGUUUAUAAUUUGUCUCGCUAAUUCUCUUGUUAAUGUAAUUUAGUAGUAGAAUAACAGGUGCAUGUAUUCCAGGGAGAGACUUCUCCCUUCUCGAAACCCAACCUGCUCUACCACGUUGCAAUAUAACCUACCUACACUGUUGGCUAGGCAGACACACACAGACUACAGUGCAGGUGGCUACAUUGUUGCUCUUCAUCCCCAGUAGGCUACUAAACGUCUCCUUGAGGAGAAGGACUAUUACAGUUGGCGGAGGGAAGGAUGAAGGCAGACGAGGAAGCUCCUCCCCCCUCCCCGGGGCUGGGGGGUUCGGCGAUCCGGUGUCGGGAAGUGUGUCGGUCGUACGGUGAACUCAAAGUCCUGAGUAACCUCAACUUGACCGUACCACAGGGACAGAUCUACGGCCUGCUGGGUCCGAGUGGGUGUGGGAAGACCACACUGUUGAAAUGCAUUGUGGGAACACUGAAGAUCUCCCGAGGGCACAUCAGCGUGUUGGGGAAGCCGCCCGCAUUUCCUGGACACCAGGUCCCUGGGAGGAUGGUGGGGUACAUGCCACAGGACCUGGCGUUGUACAAUGAGUUUACCAUCAGUGACACCCUGACGUUCUUCGGAAGGAUCCACGGCCUGUCAUCUACGGACACCCAGGCACGCAUGGACUUCCUGGUGGACUUCCUGGACCUACCUCAGAAGAGCAAACUAGUCCGAAAUCUCAGCGGAGGGCAGAAACGGAGGGUGUCUCUAGGAGCAGCCUUACUUCAAAACCCCCAGUUAUUGAUUCUGGAUGAACCCACAGUCGGGGUGGACCCUGUGCUGAGAGCCAAGAUCUGGCAGCAUCUAGUAGAGAUUGUGAAAACUGGAAAAGUAUCAGUCGUCAUCACCACUCACUACAUCGAGGAGGCCAGGCAAGCCAACGUGGUGGGUCUGAUGAGGAAUGGCCGACUGUUGGCCGAGGGACAUCCAGAAACCAUGAUGAAACAGCACAAUGCACCGACCCUGGAGAAAGCCUUCCUGCAGCUGUGUGAGACCUCAGACCAGGUGGGCUCCAAACACAGCACCUCCCCUCUGGGCGGGGUCCUAGAGAGCAGCCAAUCAUUCGAGAGCGGCCGGGACGAGAGUCUACCAAUCCUGGGAGCCGGAUCGGGACCAGUAGAAGAGCUGCCCAAAUACUCAGCGGACUGGAAGGUACGAGUCAGGCAUGUGAUGCCAAAGUGGAGGAACAUCGCAGCUCUGAUUAUCAAGACCACGGUGCGGAUGAAGAGAAUGCCAGGGUCCCUGUGUUUCCAGUUCCUUCUGCCAGUCAUCCAGAUCUCUCUGAUGUGUCUGUGUAUCGGAGGAGACCCCAAAGGAAUACAGGUGGCUGUGGUCAACAAUGAGACCUCCUCCAGCUCCUAUAGCCAAUCCCUGCUCUCCUUCCUGGACAACUCCAGCGUGCAACAGGUGAACCUGUCCCAUGCUGAGGCUUUUGCAGGGGCCUAUAAUGGAGAGUACUGGGCCGUCAUCGGGUUUGGAAAGAAUUUUACCAGCUACCUGACCAAGAGGAUGAUCCAGCGGCAGGUCUCUAAGGAGGUGGUGGAUGGAGGGUCGGUGCACGUCUGGUUGGACCUGACCAAUCAACAGAUCGCCAUGAUGCUUCAGAAGAAACUAGCCGAUGCCUUUGAGGACUUCGUCCAGUAUAAGAUGGGGAGCAUGUCUUACCUGGUCUCUCUUCCUGUCAAGUUUGAGGAGCCCAUCUAUGGCAGCAUGAACUCAGACUUCACCACGUUUGUGACGCCAGGAGCCGUUCUGAGCAUCACGUUCUACCUGGCAGUGGGCUUGACGGCUCUGUCCUUCGUGAUAGAGAGGAAGGAGGGGCUAAUGGACAGGUGCUGGGUUGCAGGUGUUAGUUCGUUGGAGACUGUGCUGGCCCAUCUCAUCUCCCAGCUGUUUGUCAUCAGCAUCCAGGUCAUUCUACUACUGCUCUUAAUGCUGCUCGUCUUCAAGAUCCCUAAUGAGGGGAGCCUGGUGUUGGUUAUAGCUCUGAUUGGGCUGCAGGGUGUGACUGGCAUCUCCUUUGGUCUGGUCAUCUCAUCUGCCAUCGAUGACGAACAGAACGCCAACCAGGCUGCCCUUGGUAUCUUCUACCCCAACCUCAUCGUCAGUGGUAUAAUCUGGCCUGUGGAGUGCAUCCCCUAUCCACUACGUUACAUCAGUCUGGCCCUGCCCCAGACCUACGCUUCUGAAGCCCUACGAUGCAUCAUGUACAGAGGCUGGGGUCUCUCCAGGAUGAUGGUGUGGCGAGGCUUCGCUGUCACCCUGGGUUGGAACACUUUCUUCGUCAUCCUGGCCAUCGUCAUCCUCAAGCUGAGGACCUGAGACGUCUACCCGGGGGGGAGGGGGGGCUUCCUAGUCUCAGGAUGUCUGUGUCGGGGGACACUGUGCUUUAAGGGAGAAAGUGCUGGUUUUCCAGAGUUCAUCUUGCAGACAGACCCUCACCCACACCGACACGCACAAUCACACCCCCUCCUCCCCCCUCCUGCUUGCCAACUAGCCAACCCUGAGAACCAGAGUCUAUGGGUGAAGGACUACUAGCUAACCCUGAGAACCAGAGUCUAUGGGUGAAGGACUACUAGGUGGGGCGAAUCAUUACAAAUCUUGCAGGUAGAAAUCUACUUCAUAGAAAGGAUAGCGUUCGCUAUUCCAUCAGAGAGUUGUGGCUGCUCUUUUAUGUUGUCGUCUUUCAUGCUGCAAUGCUUUGAAUGUUUCAACCACCUGAAUCUGUUUCUCAACCCAGUUGUUUUACAGCCUGUUCUAUUACAUACAGCCCAGCUAGCACAUUUGGUUCCUUUGAAGUUGUAGGAACGUAUGUUUUUUGGUUUCACAUUGGUUGUGGGAAGGAAGCCAUAGUUUCCUGACCGGUAAAACUGAAACGUUCUUCAAACAUUCUGAGAAGAGAAGUUCCAGGAACAAGAUAAAUUGUCACGUCGUACUUCUCUGAACUAUCUGAGAACAUUCCCAAUGUCAAACCAGUUGGGGAACGUUACCAACAUUGAAAUGAAAUGUAGCUGUAGUUUGAACUUAUAUGAAACGUUGAAAUACAUAACGUAAUGAAAUACCAAAAUA